CAAGUCAACGGUGAACAAGUGAACAGUGAACAGUGAACAAGUCAACGGUGAACAAGUCAACAGUGAACAAGUCAACGGUGAACAAGUCAACAGUGAACAAGUCAACGGUGAACAAGUCAACAGUGAACAAUUCAACAGUGAACAAGUCAACAGUGAAUAAGUCAACAGUGAACAAGUCAACGGUGAACAAGUGAACAGUGAACAAGUGAACAGUGAACAAGUCAACGGUGAACAAGUCAACAGUGAACAAGUCAACAGUGAACAAGUCAACGAUGAACAAGUCAACAGUGAACAAGUAAACGGUGAACAAGUCAAAAGUGAACAAGUCAAUGGUGAACAAGUCAACAGUGAACAAGUGAACAGUGAACAAGUCAACGGUGAACAAGUCAACAGUGAACAAGUCAACAGUGAACAAGUCAACAGUGAACAAGUCAACGGUGAGCAAGUCAACAGUGAACAAGUCAGCAGUGAACAAGUCAACAGUGAACAAGUGCACAUUGGAAAAUAUGGAUUCUGCAUAAAGUUGUCCACCCUGAGGUCCAAAACUGCUGACUCGGUCCACCAACACGGUCCACAGCUGCUGACUCGGUCCACCAACACGGUCCACAACUGUUGACUCGCUCCACCAACACGGUCCACAACUGUUGACUCGGUCCAUCAACACGGUCCACAACUGUUGACUCGGUCCAUCAACACGGUGGUCCACAACUGUUGACUCGGUCCACCAACACGGUCCACAACUGUUGACUGUCCAUCAACACGGUCCACAACUGUUGACUCGGUCCAUCAACACGGUCCACAACUGCCACGUGGUUUCACGAGGGGUCCAUACCUGGUGACGUGGUCCAUAAGCGGUGGUUGUCACAGGUGGUUCAGUCAUGGCAAACAUCACAAUAGAACCUGUCAUCUUCUCUUUCACUCUCGCCUUCCUCAGUCUGAUGUUGCUGGGACAGGACUUUAUCUUGCAACGGAAGUGCUGGGAGCAACUGGACUCCAGUUGCAGCAUGCACACCCUCAACACUGACGUGCACACCCUCAACACUGACGUGCACACCCUCAACACUGACGUGCACACCCUCAACACUGAUGUGCUCAGCCUCACCAUGGAGGACAGUGCGCAUGCAGAAGCAGCCAAGCUCUACGCUGCCGUCUUUAUCACCUUUUCCCUUACAUCCGUCGCUUCCUCCCAGCUCUACGGCUUCUGGAUAGACAGGUGGUCGCGAAAGACGAUGAUGCUGGUGCCGUCAGUGGGUCUGGUGUUGUGGGGUUUGUGUAACCUGGUACUGGCCUCUCUACCCACACUCUCCCUACAGUGGGUAUACUGUGGCAGCUGCCUGGCAGGCCUCUCUGGUGGCUUCAUCACACUCAAGAGUGCAGUGAUCGCAUAUGUGACGUGCGAGACGAUGCCUGAACAAAGGACUGUGCGACUGAGCAUCGUGGAGGCGUGUAUCACCCUGGCUACACUCACUGCCACCAUUGCUGUCUACAUCCUCACAAAGCUGAAUGACACCAAUCAUGCACUCCUCUUUCUCGUUAAUGAGGUGGUUUGUGUUGGCAACUUGUUGUACAUCAUCUUCGUCCUGCCAGACGACCUCCAUCUGCCUCAUUCAGCCUUAGUCGUCACGGAACCCGUGCACGACACUAUGACAGGUCGUAAAGAGCCGGACGACCACGUAGUCAUUCCCGGCCUGUCGUGCAGCGAUGGUGAUGACCACGAGAGUCGUCCGGUUGAUUCUAAGAGUUACACGACCCUCGCUUGUGAUAACCACUACCACGACGAUGACGUUGAGGGUCGUUCUGCUGAGGCUAGUAGUCACACGACCCUCGUUUGUAAUACCGGCAACCACGACGAUGACCUUGAGGGUCGUUCCGUUGAGGCUAGUAGUGACAUGACCCUAGUUUGUGAUAACGACAAACACGACAAUGACGCUGUGGGUCGUUCCGUUGAGGCUAGUAGUGACAUGACCCUAGUUUGUGAUAACGACAGCCACGACGAUGACGCUGUGGGUCGUUCCGCUGAGGCUAGUAGUGACACGACCCUUGUUUGUGAUAGCGGCAGCCACGACAAUGACGCUGUGGGUCGUUCCGCUGAGGCUAGUAGUGACACGACCCUUGUUUGUGAUAGCGGCAGCCACGACAAUGACGCUGUGGGUCGUUCCGCUGAGGCUAGUAGUGACACGACCCUUGUUUGUGAUAGCGGCAGCCACGACAAUGACGCUGUGGGUCGUUCCGCUGAGGCUAGUAGUGACACGACCCUUGUUUGUGAUGCGGCCGACAAUGACGCUGUGGGUCGUUCCGCUGAGGCUAAUAGUUACACGAUCUUCGUUUGUAAUACCGGCAACCACGACGAUGACCUUGAGGGUCGUUCCGUUGAGGCUAGUAGUGACAUGACCCUAGUUUGUGAUAACGACAACCACGACAAUGACGCUGUGGGUCGUUCCGCUGAGGCUAGUAGUUACACGGCCCUCCCAUGUGUCAGUGGCAACCUCAACGACACCCUAGAGGACCCUCCCGCUAAGGCUAGUAGUUACACUACCUUCACAUAUGAUAACGACACCCUCGACGAUUACCAAGAAGGUCGUCCUGCUGAGGCUAGUAGCUACACGACCCUUGAUUUUGACUACAACGGCGAAGAGAGUCAUGUUGAAGCUAGCAGCUGUAUGACCUCCGCUUUUAACGACGACUUUAUAACCGCGAGAUAUCCAGUCAUCGUCACACCUGGUGACGCGUCGAGUAAUUACUCCACCCCGGAGGUCGUCAGUAUACAUGACACCCCGGAGGUUGUCACUGUACAUGGCACCCCGGCGGUCGUCAGUGUACAAUGCACCCCGGAGGUCGUCAGUAUACAUGACACCCCGGAGGUCGUCAGUGUGUAUGGCACCCCGGAGGUCGUCAGUGUAUAUGGCACCCCGGAGGUCGUCAGUAUACAUGACACCCCGGAGGUCGUCAGUGUGUAUGGCACCCCGGAGGUCGUCAGCGAGCAUGAUACACACCUUGCUGACACGCAGGCAGCACCUUGGAAUGACACGCAGAUAAGUGUCAUGGAUCCCUCUGACACAUCUAAAAACACGCAUGAAGGUGCUGCGUGUCAGAACGACACAGAAAACGACGGUGGGUGUACUGGUGUCACAUCUUUAAGUGAAGAGUGUGCAAGUGUCACACAUACAAGUGACACUCAUACAAGUGACACACAUACAAGUGACACCAAGAUAAGCGACACACGUUUGAGUGGCAGUCCUACAAGUGACAUAGUAAAUAACAUCACUGAAGAUGGUUAUGACACGGUUGACAUCCCAGUGGAUGACACAGUUGACAUCCCAGUGGAUGACACAGUUGACAUUCCAGUGGCUGUUGCGGUUGACAUCCCAGUAGAUGACGCAGUUGAUACUCCGGUGGCUGUCGUAGUUGACAUCCCAGUGGAUGACGCAGUUGACAUUCCAGUGGAUGACACAGUUGACAUUGGAGUAGAUGACACAGUUGACACUGGAGAUGAUGACACAGUUGACAUUGGAGUGGAUGACACAGUUGACAUUGGAGUAGAUGACACAGUUGACACUGGAGAUGAUGACACAGUUGACAUUGGAGUGGAUGACACAGUUGACAUUGGAGUGGAUGACACAGUUGACACUGGAGAUGAUGGCACAGUUGACAUUGGAGUGGAUGACACAGUUGACAUUGAAGUGGAUGACACAGUUGACACUGGAGUGGAUGACACAGUUGACAUUCCAGUGGCUGUUGCGGUUGACAUCCCAGUAGACGACGCAGUUGAUACUCUGGUGGCUGUCGUAGUUGACAUCCCAGUGGAUGACGCAGUUGACAUUCCAGUGGAUGGCACAGUUUACAUUCCAGUGGAUGACGCAGUUGACAUUUCAGUGGAUGACACAGUUGACAACCCAGUGGAUGACGUAGUUGACAUCCCAGAGGAUGACACAGUUUACAUUCCAGUGGAUGAUGCAGUUGACAUUUCAGUUGAUGACGCAGUUGGAAUUCCAGUGGAUGACACAGAUGACAUUCCAAUGGAUGACACAGUUGACAUUCUAGUAGAUGACACAGUUGACAACCCAGUGGAUGACGCAGUUGGAAUUCCAGUGGAUGACACAGUUGACAUUCCAAUGGAUGACACAGUUGACAUUCCAGUGGAUGACACAGUUGACAACCCAGUGGAUGACGCAGUUUACAUUCCAGUGGAUGACACAGUUGACAACCCAGUGGAUGACACAGUUGACAUUCCAGUGGAUGACACAGUUGACAUUCCAGUGGAUGACACAGUUGACAUUCCAGUGGUUGACACAGUUGACAUUCCAGUGGAUGACACAGUUGACAUUCCGGUGGUUGACACAGUUGACAUUCCAGUGGGUGACACAGUUGACAUUCCAGUGGGUGACACAGUUGACAUUCCAGUGGUUGACACAGUUGACAUUCCAGCGGGUGACACAGUUGACAUUCCAGUGGUUGACACAGUUGACAUUCCAGUGGGUGACACAGUUGACAUUCCAUUGGAUGACACAUUCUUUGUAUUACAUAGUGAAAUGUACCACCAACACACUCUUAAAGACAAACAACUCACCACGACAGACUCAAGCAUUGACACACUGGGGGUAGACGAGGUAGACGACUUUCGCCCGAUAACUCCCUUACGUGUCAGCACCAGUCCUGACCAUCUGCCCAUGACAGCAGGUGACCAUCUGCCCAUGACAGCAGGUGACCACCUGCCCAUGACAUACGAGGACGACAUACAAAUGAUUCCGACUUUCCUACUGACACCUUCGACACCAGUUGACGUCCUGGACCUGACACCUCCCCUCCUACAGACUCCUCUAACUCCUGCCAAUUCAGUGAACUCUUUCAUGUCUGAUCAAGGUAGUGAAAAGUCUCUUGGCAGUGAGUGUGGGCAGUGCACGCCCAAUGAUAGUGCAUGGAGGAGCAGCUGUGAGAGGCAGCAGCAGCAGCGAUCAGCUGCAAUACACAGAAGAGAAACAACAGCAGCAGCAGCAACAGCACGCCAUGGCGGUGAGUAUAACACCAACAUUCAGCACUUAGGAAGCGACAACUCUGCUCCUGGCGGGUCUCAGAGGGCAGGUGCCACAUUCCCUCACACGACACGUCGCUCCAAUAGUUGUCUCUCAUCUCGUCGUCGAGCCUGUAGCGAGGCACGCGAGCAGCGCGAGGUGCGCCAGAGUGUGGGAGACGCGGACGGAGGAGGCAGUGACCACCCCAUGUUAGCCACGUUCCGGAGACGACCUCAGGGACUACGAGCCAUCGUUGUGGCUGACCUCGUCGCCGCCUUCUUCAUUAGUUUUGUCUCCUCAGUUGAGGGGGACACUAUAUACUUGUACCUGAAGACCAAGCUGAAGGUAGGUACUGGUACCUACAUCGCCUACUACAUGUUCCACGGCAGCAUGAUGAGUGUGUCACUGUUGCUGCUGUUGCCACUGCUGCGUCGCUUCCCUGGUCUUCACGACACAUCGCUGGGCGUUGUAGGCGGCGUCAGCCGCUGCGUCUCCUUACUCAUCCUGGGCUCCUUCUCCACCCCCAGCCUUGUCUACCUCGUGGCGGUGUUGGGAGGCUUCGCUAAGUACCUGGUGGUAGCUGAGAGAAGUAUCAUGUCCAGUCUCCUGAAGCGUGACGAGCAAGGUCGGGUGUUCACAGUGGUGAGUAGCAUAGAGCAGGUGGCACUACUGGCGGGCAGUGCCACCUUCCACACACUCUUCCCUCAGAUGCUGGCUCUUAACAUGCCCGGUGUCACCCUCCUCCUGGCUGCCCUCAUCGUUCUCAUACCCACUGUCAUAUUUGGGGUGUUGUACUUCGCGCUGAGUCUUCGUCAUCCAUCACACAACCUGCAUCUUCAACCAUCACUCACCCUACACUCUCCCUCACCCUCCAGACACUCUCCCUCACCCUCCAGACACUCUCCCUCACCCUCCAGACACUCUCCCUCACCCUCCAGAUAUUCUCCCUCACCGUCCAGACGCUCUCCCUCACCCUCCAGAUACUCUCCCUCACCCUUCAGACACUCUCCGUCACCGGCCAGAUACUCUCCCUCUCCUUCCCUACGUAGACCCAUUCCGUCCGUCUCCCCACACAGACUAACUCCCUUUACCUCCCCACAUAGACCAGCCCCUUCUACCUCCCCACAUAGACCAGCCUCCUCACAAAGACCCACUUCGUCCAACUCGUCACAAAUACCCACUUCGUCCACCUCCUCACAAAGACCCACUUCGUCCACCUGCUCACAAAGACCCACUUCAUCCACCUCCUCCCAAAGACCCGCUUCAUCCACCUCCUCACAAAGACCCACUUCGUCCACCUGCUCACAAAGACCCACUUCGUCCAACUCGUCACAAAUACCCACUUCGUCCACCUCCUCACAAAGACCCACUUCGUCCACCUGCUCACAAAGACCCACUUUAACCACCUCCUCCCAAAGACCCGCUUCAUCCACCUCCUCACAAAGACCCACUUCGUCCACCUGCUCACAAAGACCCACUUCGUCCAACUCGUCACAAAUACCCACUUCGUCCACCUCCUCACAAAGACCCACUUCGUCCACCUGCUCACAAAGACCCACUUCAUCCACCUCCUCCCAAAGACCCGCUUCAUCCACCUCCUCACAAAGACCCACUUCCUCCACCCUACACUCUCCAUAACCCAACACAUUGCUUUCUGCACACUGCCUCACCCUUGUUCAUUCUGAGUCACCUGUAGCUCAGUGGUCAGAGCAUACUCAUCACAGCCCCAAUGUCCCUCAUUCAUCACCCAGCAACGAGACACAUGAGCAGGCCUGCUAACCCACCUAGCAGGCUUACUCACCCACCUAACUUGCCUUCUACCUAGCUAGCAGACCUGCUAACCCACCUAGAAGGUCUGCUCACCCACCUAGCAGGCCUGCUCACCCACCUAGCAGGCCUGCUCACCCACCUAGCAGGCCUGCUCACCCACCUAGCAGGAAAAAUCGAUACCUGUGUUGAAUGUUGUGGGUCGUAUCGUGAGGCAGAAAAUGCAGCUCAGUUUUAUAGGAAACUUCUGACCUGUUGGAAGUGACAUCCAGGACCUGAUGACCUUCUGGAAGUGACAUUCAGGACCUGAAGACGUGUUGGAAGUGGCAUCCAUGACCUGGAGACGUGUUGGAAGUGAUAUCCAGGACCUGAAGAGGAGUUGGAAGUGGCAUCCAGGACCUGGAGACGUGUUGGAAGUAACAUCCAAGACCUGAUGGCGUGUUAGAAGUGACAUCCAGGACCUGAUGGCCUGUUGAAAGUGACGUCCAGGACAUGAUGGCCUGUUGGAAGUGGCAUCCAGAACCUGAUGACCUGUUGGAAGUGACAUCCAGGACCUGAAGACGUGUUGGAAGUGGCAUCCGGGACCUGGAGACGUGUUGGAAGUACCAUCCAAGACCUGAUGGCGUGUUGGAAGUGACAUCCAGGACCUGAUGGCCUGUUGGAAGUGACAUCCAAGACCUGAUAGCCUGUUGGAAGUGGCAUCCAGGACCAGGAGACGUGUUGGAAGUGACAUCCAGGACCUGAAGGCGUGUUGGAAGUGACAUCCAGGACCUGAAGACGUGUUAGAAGUGGCAUCCAGGACCAGGAGACGUGUUGGAAGUGACAUCCAGGACCUGAAGGCGUGUUGGAAGUGACAUCCAGGACCUGAAGACGUGUUAGAAGUGGCAUCCAGGACCUGGAGACGUGUUGGAAGUGACAUCCAAGACCUGAUAGCCUGUUGGAAGAGGCAUCCAGGACCAGGAGACGUGUUGGAAGUGACAUCCAGGACCUGAAGGCGUGUUGGAAGUGACAUCCAGGACCUGAAGACGUGUUAGACGUGGCAUCCAGGACCAGGAGACGUGUUGGAAGUGACAUCCAGGACCUGAAGGCGUGUUGGAAGUGACAUCCAGGACCUGAAGACGUGUUAGAAGUGGCAUCCAGGACCUGGAGACGUGUUGGAAGUGACAUCCAAGACUUGAAACUGACCACUUGGUAAUUUUCUUCCACUGAGAACUUACUAGUGGUCACAGUUCAUGAUGGUCGUUGUAGAUGUAAUGUAGUGAAAGUGAGGCUAACAUGGCGGGUGACUACUGGAUGUAGUGACUACCCUGUCCAUUCUAAUGGUGGGGGAAAGGGUGAAGGGUGACACUUUCAAUACGCCUUCAAUUAAGAUCACUACUAAGUGGUCAAUGUAAGAUAGUAAUCUUACAUCGACUACUUAAUGGACGGUGUAAAAUUACUAUCUAAGUGAACAAUGUAAGUGGUCACUGUUAGAUUAGUAUCUAAGUGGUUAAUGUAAGGUAAUAUCUAAGUGGUCAAUGUAAUAUAAUAUUUAAGUGGUCAUGAAUUAUUAAUAUCUAAGUGGAUAGUGUUAGAUUGUAAUAUAAAUGGUCAAUUUAGAAUUAAUAUGUAAGUGGUCACUGUAAGAUUAAUAUCUAAGUGGUCGAUAUAACAUUAAUAUCUAAGUGAUCAAUGUAAAAUUAACAUCUAAGUGGUCAGUGUAAUAUUAACAUCUAAGUGGUCAGUAUAGGAUUAACACAUAGUAAAUACUAGAGUACUUA